CGCGCCUUCACAGUUGAACAUCGAUGUGGGAACUUUUUGAACCUACCACGGCCUCCACUUACCCUCAUUUUCCUCGCCAUGAUCACCCUCAACCCUCGGCAUGUUGAGUCCGACCCUCAUACCCGUCGCUCUUUGGGUGAUCUAUCACUUUCUGUGGCUAAAUGCAAGAAGAUAGUAGUCGUAACGGGUGCUGGAAUCUCAUGUUCAUCUGGAAUACCCGAUUUUCGCUCCUCUGAUGGCCUUUACGCACUCGUAAAACAGCAGCACCCAGACGCAGUGAUAAAAGGCCGGGAUCUCUUCGACGCGUCGCUUUUCCGUGAACCGACAUCCACAGCAUUAUUCUAUACCUUUAUCUCUAAACUCAAACGCGCUAUUGAUACCGCAUCUCCCACUCCUACCCAUAAUUUUCUCAAGACCCUUGAUAUCAAGAAAAAACUCCUCCGCUCUUACACUCAAAAUAUCGACGGGUUAGAAGAGCGUGCAGGCCUUUCUCCUCCGCCUAACGACUCUACUCUGUCGGGGAAAGGAAAGAACAAGAUACCUUUAAAGCUGCAGCGAAACGUUCAGCUGCAUGGUGAUAUACAUCGCGUUCGUUGCCAGUCAUGCUCUGCGGAGUUCCCUUGCUCUGAAGACCACCUGAUAGUCUUCGAACAAGGCCAGAGUCCUCCUUGUCCUGAAUGUCUCCACCGAUCUAAGUCUCGCGUUGCUCGUUCUGCGAGGGCCAUUCGCAUUGGCACCCUUCGGCCCGCCAUUGUCCUAUACGACGAGAUCCACCCCUUGGGAGAUGACAUUGGCACAGUUCAAUCCUUUGACCUCGGGCGCAAGCCGGAUAUGCUCAUCAUUAUGGGAACUUCAUUGAAAGUUCAUGGACUAAAGAAGCUGGUGAAGGAAUUUUCGAAAGCCGUCCACGCACACAAUACACCAUCACCCGAUCUAACGAGCACAUCCAAACUUAGAUCUAAGCCGUGGAUGGGCAAGGUCGUCUUUGUAAACAAGACUGCACCUGGUUCGGAAUGGUCAGGAAUCAUCGACUUUCACGUCGAAGGAGAAGCGGACGUGUGGGUUGAAAAGGUUAUCGAAGACUGGAAGAAGAUGCGUCCGGCAGACUGGGAGGUGCAGCAAACCCUUGUUGCCUCCGGUGGCGACGUCGCCCUUGGUGGACGAUUCAAGACCGCGAAAGCCUUGUCAAAGGUUGGUGCAACUAAAGCUAAAGCUCAAGCGACCAAGAAGAAGCCGAUCCUGGUCGCCGAAACGGAGAACCUUCCGCCUGGGUCUCCCAUGGCUAUCUCACCCGACGUCUCGAAGGUCAAACGUCCUCCCUCGUCACCGAGUAAGAGGCGCCAGGGUGGUUGCCAUUAUGACAAUCUUCAGUCAAGUCCCUCAAAACGACGGUCUUAUGAGUCGUAUGAGGGUCUAGCGCCAGAGGACCGUGGUCUUCUGUUUACAGAUAGAGCUCACAACGUACCAAAUGAUUCAUCGGAUGAGACUGACUUUGACGAGUUGAUGAACCUCUCCAUUAACACUCCGCAGAAGGAUCGGGUUAUCAAACGGUUGGGCUCCUCCAAGGUGAAGCAGCAACGGACAAGGCAGGGCGUCGUUUGUUGAUCGUUGCAUCCUUGCCGAUAUACUAGCUUGAUGGAGAGUUAUUUUUAAUCUUUCGCGGCGCUCCCU